AUGACCAUCAAUAAGUGCCUCAGCGCCUGCUCCGACAAGCUCUACGCCGGUGUCGAGUACGGCCGCGAGUGUUGGUGCGGUAACUCCCUCAACUACGGCGGCAGCGGCGGCACCACCAUGGCCGCGAACGUGUCCAACUCGGACUGCUCCUUCAAGUGUCCAGGCAACAGCACACAAUACUGCGGCGCGGGAGUGAGGCUCAACCUCUACAUCCUCCGAACGGAGUACGCGAGGUUGCAGAACCUGGCCGGCACCUCGCCCUAA